GGAGCAAGCAAUUUCUAUACAGAAGAAGAUACCAAUAAAAGACAGGUAGAAAAGGUUACAGCACCGAGACAUUUCUAUGUUGAAGAGGAGACAACUGCGAAAAUGGAAUUUGUGCCGGAAGUUGUAACAGAAACAAGUGUUACAUUUGAAACAUCCACUGUGUCAUCAACAACAGCAGAGUUAGUGACAUCAGUGCCCGAAACAACAUCUGAGACAUCCACUCUAUCAUCGACAACAGCAGAAUCAGUGACAUCAGUGCCUGAUACAACUACUAUAACUGAAGGACCAGCUGUUUUAGAAAAAACCACGGUAUCAGUUGCUGGUAAGUAAAUAUAUAUAUUUUGUGACGUUACACCACAUUUUGGCAAGUAGCCUGCUGAGCUCUCUAUAAUGUUGCU